UUUCCACUUGAGUACAAUAUUUCAUUACCGAAACAUCAGGCUUUUUUUUAUUUUAUUUCGUCACAUCUACACGCUCGGAAUUUUAAUUUGAAAAGAAUUUUUACUACAUAUUUAAUGCUAAAAAUUUUACAUGAUUUAUCCGAACCGUUGGUUCCACCUAAAGAGACUUAUGUUCAAGACGAAUUCUUUGGCGUUUAUUGUCUGGUGAGCAAAAGUAUCGAGAAAGUUUACAAGAAUCGUUGUUAUAUUGGCUACACUGUAGACCCUAACAGGCGAAUUCGACAGCACAAUUCUGGCAGAGAACAUGGAGGAGCGAAAAAAACUGAUAGCAAAGGACCUUGGUAUGAUUUAAAAGACUGUUUAUACAUUUUAGUUUUAGAACUUGGUAAAUGUAAAGAUUACUGGUCCCGAAAAAAAAUGUGGAAGAAGUGGUUUUUUGAUAUUUUUGAGGUUUGCCUGUAG